CUCUUCAAUCACUUACGUCACGUGGUGCGUCCCGGGUGGUGGGUGUGUCUUCAGCCAUAGGGUUUCAUUCAUAAAUAGUUUUUGCUUUUAAAUCAGACUUUAAGUGUUCCGCGAAGGUUUUGGCGCUAUCGGCUUCUGCCUAAGUUCCCUCACAUGGACCACCUCAAUUUUAAUUAGGGGGACGCUCACGCUCGCCUGGACCAUGAGCAAUGAGUCUACCGUCUGGAUCAACCUCACCGAGAACUCCACCGGGGUCCCAUUUGAGCCUGGUAAACAACAGGGUGGUUAUGUCCUACUGCUGGUGCUCCUGUCCAUCUUCCUGGGGGGAACACUGGUCCUGCUGUCUGUCCUGCUGAUCGUCUGCAGACGUUGCUGUGAUGGAGACUGCCGCCAUGCCAGGGCCAGCGAUGACCCUGAGAAAACCAACACCAGCUACAUGGAGGAGUCUCAGCCAGUACAUGGACAGAUCACCAUCCGUGUAGACGAGUCAGACUGCCUAUCGGCCGCCAGCUCCCACGUUGACAUGGAGACAGAGCGCUUCCUGUCCACAGGCACCCAGGGUGGCCGCCGCGUCUCUUUCAAUGAGGUGGCACUCUUCGACCACGGCAAGAAGGCCCAGGAGAAAGGCCGUAGGUUUACGUUGACCGAGGGUGACUUCCACCACCUGAAGAAUGCGCGGCUCACACACCUCCACAUCCCGCCACUGGCCCUCAAGAUCGUCACCAUCCACGAGUGUGAGUCAUCCGAGAACAGCAUCGCCAUGACGACCCACCCCGCCGCCAAGUCCAGCCUCUCCAUCUUCCAGCCGGCUUUGUGUGCCCGACGGCCAUUGUGUCCCCUGCCCCAGACAGCAUUGACCAGUCUGAGUGUCAGCCCCAGCUCAGCCCUCCCUGGGGACACCCUUAACUCGGUGGUGGACACCAGCUUCAGUGAGAGUCCCCUGGCACCGGGUCCCAAGGAGCCCAGCACCAGCAGCAUUGAGGUGAUGGUGUCUGGCUCCAGGAAUGGGGGAAGUCCGUCUUUGAGUGAAGGGGCGUCGGUGACGUCUGUGACGGGUGCAUCUCCUGGCGCCGGGGUGUGGCAGGGGCCGGUGCUGCAGUUCUUCACCAAGCUGAGGCGCCAUGCCAGCCUGGAGGGAGCCAGCCCAUACUUCAAGAUCAAGAAGUGGAAACUAGACAGCAGCCAGCGGGCCUCCAGUCUGGACACCAGAGGGUCCCCUAAGAGGAGGCAGUUCCAGCGUCAGCGCGCUGCCAGCGAGAGCAUGGACAAGGAGGAUAGCGACGCCCACCACAUUGACCUCAUCCAGUACAUUGCCAGCACCCAGGACGCCACCUAUCACCCCUGCCGCCCCUCCGCCUCGGCCUGCCUCCUGUCCCACUCCUCCCCCUCCACGCCACCACCCUCCCUCGGCAGGUUAGAGGUGGAGGUGGUGGUGGAACCCAGCUGCAGCAGGGGCCAGAGGCUGGAGGUGAUCGGCUUGUCCCCGGAGCCCCAGGACGAGGCAGCGAGCCUGGGGGACUUUAGACAGGAAAGCUCGGCAUCAGACCACCAGGCCCUGUACAGAGACAUCUGGACGCUCCGGGCCUCCCUGGAGCAGUACGGCUCCUCAGACCAGAUCAACAACAACGACAGGGACUCUGUCCGCAGCGAUGCUGACAGUGUCUGCUCUCUGAGGGGGCAGACCAAGAGGGGGGGGCUGCCCAGUUACCUCUCCCAGGACAUCGGGGAUGGGCCCGAGGGGGAUGUGGAGCUGCCCAUGGAUGAAGGGAUGGGAGAGAAGGAGAAAGGGAGGAAGCAGGACAGUGUGGAGUCAGAGAGGGGCAGUGACGGGGAGUCAGGGAACCGUAAGUUAAUGCAGAUGGACAGUGGCUAUACGUCUAUAGAGGCUCCAUCACGGGCGCCAGAGGAGCUGAGACUGUUUGGCAGUAGUGGCAGCAGUGGCAAUAUAGACAGGUCGGCCCUGGAGAAGAGACACUACUUCACCAGUGCAGGGCGCACUGGCACGGUGGUCGAGAGCUUCGAAGCCCGCAUCUUCGAGGAAGAGCCAGACGAGGAGACGCCGACAGGUGCAAUGGGCGGCAUGACCAUAGAAACGGCGAGGUCUCCCCUGGGCUGGUCUCCGUACGGUCAGAUGUUCACCCCGCGAGAGGCGCAGCCGCAGCCGCACCCCCAUCCUCCCUUAUCAAUUCACCACCGUGAUUACAGCAUCGACGAGAAGACGGACGCGCUCUUCCAUGAGUUCCUCCGCCACGACCCCCAGUUUGACCAGCAGGAGACGCCGAAGAAACAUCGCUCACGCAUCCACCUCCGCAAGCAGUGGCAGCGCCACAAGCAGUACAGUGACCCGGGCGUUCGCUACCAGUACCACUCCUUUGAGAGGCAGCGGAACCCCCUCCGACGAGGCGAUAGCGUCAACUACCCGCUGGAUACAGGCUACCACAGCACGCUUCCACGCAUCAUCAGUGCGCCUGACGAGGAGGCCAGCGAGGGGACCCCCAGCACCCCCCAGACGCCCAAGGCUGAGGCGGUGGUGGCGGGAGGGGCAGAAGGUGCCGAGGUGGAGGAAGGAGACAGGAGAGAGAGUCCCAGCAGUAGCUGUGGCAGUAGCACCGUGACCAUCACAGACGACAAAGGGAUGGUGUCCUGUUCCCCUCACCCUCCCCCUGUCCCGGAGAGAGAGGGUCUGCUAUGGGAGCAGUCCGACCCCCAGGAGGACACUAGGCAGGCAGAACACCCCACUGAGCCACCUGAUGAGCCCCCCCAGCCCCCUGACAAGGGCUACGGCCCACAGACCAUCACAGCCGAGCUGACGGACAAGCUGAGCGCCACCCUGGACGAGCGGCUGUACACGGGCCUGCGACGGACAAAGGACCCGGCGGCGGUGACUGAGUGUGUGGUGACAGUCACUCACGCCUCCCCCGACCACAGCCCAGUGUAGCAUGUCUCCAGUCCUCCUCCACUCUUCCCUGAUCUUUGUGUUUGAUUUGAUUUCAGUCUGCGCCAGGUAACUGCGAUGUCUCUGUAUCUGCGAUGUCUCUGUAUCUGUCUGAAUUAGCAUGUUCCAGACCCGUAACAUGAAAACAGGCUACACUAUACAGUAUCAUGUAGGCUAGCUGAAGAAUCCACCCCUAGAUAGUGUCUACAGUACCGUGGUGUCUCUGACUGCUAUGAUUCCUUUCUCCUCUGAGAGAAGUGACGAUGUUAAAGGGAAACGCCACUCAAACUAUCUUUUGGUAUUUUUUUUCAUUAGUCCACUGUUUAUACUGUACCAAAAUGUUUUGCGUGUCAGCAGUCAGGAUUCCAAGAUAUUGGACUUUCAAGAAGCAGUGUCACCGGCUACAUCAUCAUGAUGACGCUUUGCUUCUUGAAAGGCCAAUAACAUUUUGGGACUGUAUCAACAGCCGAUUACUGAAAAAAAAGUAGAAUAAUUAUGGAUUUUUUGGGGGCUGGAUUUUCCCUUUAAGAGCCAGUAUGCCCUCUGCACUAGUCUAUCCACUGUGAAACCAGGUGCUAUUAAACAUCUAAAGAUCUGGAUACAAAGUUUACCUGGGCCCUAUAGGCCAGUCCUGGCUGAAUAUCAAAAUAGGUUUAUCUACGUUUACAUUACUUUUUCAUCACUUCAUUUGUUACAUAUGGCUCUGGAUAUCUGUUGUCUUUGGCCAUUGACAUAUAUCAUAUUCUUUCCAUGUGGCAUUUUGACUCUUAUCAUAAUUGUUUCACAAAUGAUUAGGUAUCCCUGAUAUUUUUUUGAAGCCAAAUUUCACAUUGUUCACAUGUUUCUCGGGACAUAUGAAUAUAGUAAUCUACUACUUCAGUACCGUAUUGGUCAUUAAUUGAAGCAAUUCCGUAAAUUGUAAUGUAUGAUUGAAUGUUUUCGGACAGAUUUCUGUUGAAUCUUGAUGUAAUUGAAUCAGAAUCUAUGGUACUAGGAACAGAAAACAGUCAACCAUGAAUUUGAUGGAGAAGAUGAAUUGGUUCUCAUACGCUGUCAUUAAAUGAAUAUGACGCGGGCCGAGGCUCUCCUAAUUUGGACACUGACUAUAUUACAGCAUUUAUAUAAUUACAGCCUCAUCAUAUCCACUCUGGAUCAGAGCAUUAUUCUUCAUCAAAUGUCCUUGUUGCUGAAUGUCUGGACUCAUGUUUCUAUUCAAAGAUGUUCUUAAAAGGGAAAACUGCUUUCCAGAAAAGUUAUGGUUGUUAGGACAUGUUGUUCAAUGACAUUGUAUUUAUUGUUGACAGAUUUGAUUUAAAUGUGUCUAUCCUCGUU